AUGGAAUCCCUAAACUCCAGAGAACAACAAGAAUUUCAAAAGCUAAUUGAGCAAAAGCAAAUGAAGGAUUUCAUGCGCCUAUACUCAAACUUGGUGGAAAGAUGCUUCAGUGACUGUGUCAACGACUUCACAUCUUCCAAGCUAACUACUAAAGAACUUACCUGCAUAUCCAAAUGCUCUGAAAAGUUUUUGAAACACAGUGAGCGUGUUGGUCAACGUUUCCAGGAACAGAAUGCAGCAUUGAGUCAAAGUAUGGGACGUUAA